UUUACACUCAUACCUGCCCGCCCACAGUAGUGGGAUGAUCCCGGUGCAUCCUCCGGCGCUCAGUUCACAAACCAGAGCCGCUGCCGAGACAGCAAACGGAGAUUACCGGAGCUUUCACACGUGGAUACGGAGCACGACACACGGGCUCCAGGUAUAGAAGGAGAAGGACAGGACCUCUGUCUAUCAAACUCUGAAGUGCCCUGGUGCCAGCUGUAUAGGUCAACCCAACCGUAACGCCACAGGACAAUAGGGGCCCAACCCAGAGACGGGUAUCAAAAAGCAAAUAAUCAAGCUCAUUAGCUCUCUUCCCUCAAGACGACCUUCUCUGAAAAGAUCAACUGAAAAAAAGGAAUUAAACGAGGAGGAAAAAAAGGCACUGGCAGCUAUUUCUGAUGCUCUGUGGUGAAGAGAACAUCUCAUUUGGGAUUUAAGGAUUGCGGAAAAAGGAUUUCCCCAUGCCCUGCCCAUUUAUCCCAAUGCCUUUAUAAAUAUUGCAUGGAGAUAUCGAAUCAUCCCUUUUCCAAAAGCACCCAGUAAAGAAACUAAUUAUAGCAAUUCCCAACAGCCAGUCUGUUGCUUAAACCUCUCAGAUUCUCAGAAUGCUUAAAAAUCUAUAUGCAUAGGGGUCCUAUAAUUGGAUCCCUAAAAUUCAGAGACACGUCAGAUCUUGAAGAAGCAUCAAACCAGUGGUUUCAUCUCCAGAGAGUUUCCUUGUCUUUUUUUGGGCAAGGCAGCUGCUUUGUCCUUUCUAUUUGGAUGCAUUUUUCCAGAACUCCAAAAUGAAGCCAUUAACUCCCAUUGGUUCACCUUCUCCACUGCGGCUCCUAAACAAGGGGCCCGAUUACCUGCGCAGGCAAAUGGAUGCCGGAAGCAGGGGUCGUUCCGUCAGUGCCGUAGAGCGACUGGAAGCCGACAAGGCAAAGUAUGUCAAGAGUCAACAGGUAAUCAACACAAAGCAGGAGCCUGUGUUAGUUCCCUGUGCGACCCCUCCACCGGUGCCUCGUCGCAACUUCACAGUGUCCACUCCUUCAACGCCCAUUCUCCCACCUCGAAAUCAAACGGUGCCUUUCUCUGCACCGCUGUUCUCGCGGGAUGAAAAUGAGGAUGACUCUAAGAAAGAGAACUGUCGGAAUGAAACCGAUGUGGAAACCAAGAAUCGCAACAAUGUAAACAAGCCUCCCAUACCUUCUCCAAGAACUCCGACCAUUGCUCCAUUAGUUGCUCCGCAUAGUGCACCAAUAAUGCGCAGGAGCAAUGGCAAGCGCAUGCUGCGUCCAGACUCCCUGGUCAUUUACAGACAGAAGAAAGAGUGCAAGAGUCCCAGCGGUGGUGGAGAAAAUGCCAACGGCAACUUAGAGGUCAAGGGUUACAGCUUUGUACGACGGCUCUUCCAGGGAUCCAUGCGUGAAAAGAUUGGUGGGAAUGAGGCUCAAAAAAUGGUGAUAAAUGAGGAGAAGGCGUCUUCCUCUCGAGAUGGUGAUUCACGAAUGUCUUGGUCCAUUGAUAAAGACACUGUCGAUGGCGGGAAUGAGACCAGACGAUCAAGCAAAUCCGAGCGAGAGCAUUCAAUGCCCGAGACGCAAAACAACAACACAGGUUUUCAGGAGAAGCAAUCGAAGAACUGCAUGUUAAUCAGUUUACGAAAUAGCACGGGGAACGCCAACAAUAACGACAUGGACCCAUGGAAGCCAGUCGUUCCACAGAUGCGAUCCGAUUUGAAACGCUCCAAGUCAGAAUUGCGACUACGCUGUUCACUAGCCAUGUCUGAGCAGGAACGCUUCUUCGACUACUGUGGAUUGGAUCUGGAUAUGGUGGAAAGGCUCGGACCGGAGAACUUUCUAAAUGGGGCAAGUUCAGUCGACACGCUCUCACUGCUACUGAGGAGCGUUGGAGGUGGCGGCUCGGAGCCCAGUGAGUUUUCCCGACACUCCGGUGAAGGACUUUUCCAGGAAGAGCUUGCCGAGCAGAUUCCUACAGGUGUGUCCAUUAUUGAGAGAAAUGCACGGGUCAUAAAGUGGCUCUACGGCUGCAGGAACGCAGCCCAGGAGGGUCCUAAAGAGUCUACUGUUUGAUUAUCACAGUAACUAAACCCGAGACUUUCUGGAGCCGUGUUCCAAUCUGGAAAACUAUGCUGUAUUUAUUUCACAUGAGACAUUGUAUUUAAGAGAUCUGUUUGGCUUUUCACAGCCAGUACGAGAAUAUUCCUGUUAUUUUGUGUAAGUCACAUAUGAAGCUGCAAACUGACACUUCCUUUCAUGACCUACACUGUGGCUUUGUCGAAAUCGCCCCCUAUACCCUCAUUCACUAUUCCCAACAUUAGUUUACUAAUAUAGUCCACUCGAAGGAGUGGGUGAAAACAAAUGAGUGAAUUUGGACACUGAAUGUGGCUGUGGACUUUUCUGACGAGACUCGGAAAUUAAUUUGCCGCAUUUCUCACAUUGCAUGGCUAUUCUGUAGCGGCCUGUACACUCAUUAUCAUGGUGCAUUAUGGGAUUGAAUGAGUGCACUCAAUAAUGUCCACUACGGUUUCAGACUAGGGCACUCUAGCCUGUAGGGGGCGAUAAUGAUGUAUAUUUAGCGAUGUCAUCUCCUGUUCUCUGUAAAUAGAAAGAGUCAUGAGUCCGUCCUGUUACUUCUGUUCAGAAACGAGUGUUAUUUGUUGAGCGUAACAUAAAGAACGUGUCAUCUGAUGAAUAAUUUAACAUUGAAAACCACUAAGCUUUUUCUCUGGGGCUGGGAAACCGAUGCAUGAGUGUUAAAUGAACCAUGUGUACCUCAUUUCCCAACUGUCCCAGUUUAGUUUGUGUGUUGUCUUUUUUCCUUAAACGCAGGCGUUGGAACAAACACACAGAGGACCCCUGUGGGGAUAUUAAUGCACUGAAUUGGAGAAAGAGAGCUAUAUAUCCUGCUAUGAAACAUAUUUUAAACACUGAGUGUAUGCAAAGAAAAAUGCAAGGCCUUAAAAACAACCUGAUUUUGACUUUCAUUAACUUAUGCCAAAGAAAUGUGCUGCGUACUGAUGUACAAUGCGUUCUAAACCCUAUCGAGCCGCCUUGAGAGAAUGACGUUCACAGAGUUUGAUAUUAGCAUUAUGCUAAUCUAAUUUCUUGGGAAAUACUGGGUUAAACUUCAUGUUUUUAUCAAUAUUUUUACAGUACAGAACAAAAUAUAUUCAAUGUUUGGAAGGUUACUUUGGAAAUGUAAUAGGUUACAGAUUACAAGUUACCUUAUGUAAAAUGUAUUACAGUGUUUACAACUGUUAAUCGUUUUGAAACACAGCAGUAUUUAACACUGAUUACUGUCAGACUGUCCUUCUUCACUAGAAUUAAGAUGAUAAUAAUUUAAUUUUAAAGCACAAAAUGUGACUUGAUUCUCUCUGAGGUUAAAUACAGAUUUAAAAUCAUAACAAAAAAAAAUGUUUAAUAGCUGAAACUAACAAUGCCUUGGAAAAACAGUUAGUUAACAGUUAAAAAUAAAGCAUAUACAUAAACCCAAAUAGGAAAUAAAACAGUUAUCAUAUAAGCAUAUGUCCUAUUCUGUGUCCUUAAUUCCUGAAGCAUUGGUGCAGUCAAUGAAUUUUGGGAUAGAAAUCAGUCAAAUCUGUAUGUGUGUGAAAAUAUUCAUAUGUAACUCGCUUUGUAAUCAUUAGCAUUUCCAUAAGUAACUGUAACAGACUACAUUUACUUUGUAAUUAAAGUACGUAAUUGCUUUAAAUGUAACUAGCAACUCCCCAACACUGAAUAUAUUUAUAAACAACACAUCUUCCAUCUUUGAUUAUUUUUUCCCUGUGCAUUUUAGACUUGCCUUUUUUCGUAAAGGAUGCAUGAUGUGCAAAUUAGAUUUUGGCCAAAACUCUAUUUGUUCGAGGCAUUGUAAUUUUGCUCUAAACAGUGGAUAUUAAUUUCUGAAGGGGACCGAAGGUAACAUUUUAAGAAUCAGUCAUUGAUAAACCAGUACUCUUUGGUAGCCGCUCACUAGGGUUUGGAACAACCAUUAAUUUGCCCCAACUGUCUUUUACCAAUACCUACAACACGCAAAUGGCUCAAUUUCAUUACCACAUUUGUGAAACUGCAUCUAUGGGUGAUUACUGUGAUGCUAAAUUAUGUUUUUUGGAUAAUUUUUCCUCAAUGCAAGUGAUGAAGCAUUCUGCAGUACGUACUUGAUCAUGCUGUUUCUGUGUUUAACUCACAAAAGUACGACGUUUAGCAAAGUAGAGGAAGACGUAGCAGCGAGAGACAGUGUGGGAGACACUGAUGUGUUUUCAUAUUGAAGAAGACCUUUGAAAGCUCCUCCUGUCUGAAUGCAUCAAUCAGACACUGAUUCUCCUUUGUCGUAAUGAAUCCCCCCAGUCAGAGGCAUUAAUCAAUCUCUAUGAUACCACUGAUAAAUGAAGCAAAGGUCCGCUGCGGCAUGCACAGGUCAGACUGCGGCCUGCAGAGAAAGAGCUGUGAUCUUUCCUUUCAAACUUUUUCAUCCCCAACGUCCAAGAUGCAUUCAGUCUUCCAGAGCACCCAAAAUCUCUCUCUUGCAUGUUUACAUUCUAUCUGUAUAUGUUUCUAUAAAGAAGAAUUUAGAUUUCAACCCAAAGAGAUAUUACAAAGAAAGUCCUAAUAAAAUCCUAUUUCUGAACAACUGUA